GCAUAUACGAUCGACGAAAAAUGGACAGCCGUGAUCCUCGAAGUGGCUACUUGCAUUGUUUUGGGGCGGACCACCUUCGAUCCACUGGAAGCCACACUCAUCCAGCCGUCUUGGCUUCAGGUAAUUCACGGGAAUCAGUUACUCCAAAUCGAGAACGGACUAACGCAGACUCUGAAACUGAUUCCGACGUGGAAGAGGGCUCCAGCAGCUUCCUAAACUCGCUUUCUGCUCAACUUGGUCGGAGAGUCCGUGUUGUUUUAGAUGGGCUUAGAGGUCGUGCAGAGGUGGCUUUUAGCUUCAGUAACGGAGGCCGUGAUUCCGUUCGUUCACAUCCUUCGUACAAUCUCGAGUCCUCGAAGUAUAGUGUCACUGCAGCUGUCUACAGUAAUCAAGGCGAUGCCCUCUUGGCCUCUUACAAUGAUGAGGAUAUUUACUUAUUCGAUGUCCGACACCCCUCAAGUCCUUAUCUGCACAAAUACACUGGUCAUCGGAAUAUGCAAACAAUUGUCAGCGCCACCUUUUUCGGGCCAAACAGCGAGUACGUGAUUAGUGGUAGCGAUGACGGCUUCUUUUACAUUUGGGACCGCGAAUCCGAAGGGAUUACCCAGUGGCUGCAUGCUGAUGCCCAUGGUGCUGUCAACGUCAUUGAAUCCCAUCCCACUUUACCUGUGUUGGCCUCCGCGGGUUUGGACUACGACUUCAAGGUAUGGUCUCCUUUGAAACCAAUGUCAGAGGACGAGGAUGGGUUAUACACUAGUCAUUUGAAGUACACUUCUGGUAAGAUUGCUCGCACUGUACGACGUCUGCGGAAAUCAAAGCUCGCCAUGGCUCUUUUUGGUGAUGGCUUUCCGCCAUCGUCUUCCACACGUCACGUCAAGCCAUCUAAUGGAGGAGUAGAGUGUAACGUAAUACAGGAGAAUGAAACCCUGACGGCUACCACGCCUCCGACUUCAUCGUCUGGUACUGAUUACUCGGACACCACAAACCUUUCCUCCACAACCGCAAAGCUGCACGACGCAGUCGAUGUUGCUCCUGAUUUCAACCACUCACUUUCUAUUCGUAAAAGACCUCAUCGUUCAUCUUCCCCAUCAGAGGAUUCUGCAGUUUAUAGAGCCGAGCGUAAUUCUAUUUCAAGUGACUUAGAUGCACCUUCGUUCCUGUCCGAUCGCAGUCGCAAGCGUGGUAGGAAGCAUUCGAACUGCCGUGUUGUUUCUUCCGAUCAAGCGCCUUCCUUAUCACUAAACCGAUCGGAUGUUUUGACUAAUUAUGUUGUUCCAAAAAUCGAUUUUUCAGAAGACGGAUCUCAGCCAAAUUUUCCACCUCAAUCACUAUUACCCUUCAAUCGACAGGACCUGCAGUUGCGUGUCGCUCAAAAUUGGAUCAACAGAACCUGCGAGCGGAAUCAGCUGGAUGGCUUGGCAGAGGCGGAUUCUCGAGUCUUGUCGGCUAUUGAAUCCGUAGCGCAAUUUCACGCUCGCACUGUGCGUCGGCGGGAUGCUACCAACGAUACCCUGACGGACACAAGUGAAUCAAGCGAUGGUGAUCGGUCGGAUAUAUUGGGAUCCUUCAUCUUACUUCAUCGACCAAACUGCCCCGUGGAGCGAAGCGAAACAACUUCUAGGACUCGCGAUUUCAAUAAUAGCUCAUCUGCUACUAGUGUGAGCAGCCAUGACACGUCUGACUCUUGUUCCAUUUCACGCAAUAUCACUGAAUUGGCUGGUGCAGAUUCCGAUGCGAACCUUUCCGUUUCGUCCUCUCCAUCUUCCUCAUCGUCGGGCACCUCCUGGUCUAGUUCUAGCAAAACGACUCUUCAUUCUACGUCGUCAUCGUCUUCCUCCUCCUCCUCCUCCACACUGUCUUCACCGUCCCGGUCUGCAAACUUGAAUGCGUCUUCCGCUGAAGCCACCCCAACUCAGAACUCAAUUGCAAGCGACCCCACCUUUAAUCUCAGUCUCGAUGAGUUAGAUUAAUAUAUCAUUUCUGUGACAACUUUGUACAUUGGAAACCAACUUUGCCCACUACUUUGUGGCAGUGUUAUUUGUCUCCUUUAUCUGGCUUGCUCGCGCUUUCUACAAUUCCCUCAUUAGCUACGACUGUGCUUGCUUUACGGCCACAAAACGUUCUCUUUUUGUCAUGAUUGGUGCAACGACAGCCACUAGCAGGGAAACGCACUUUGCGCGAUUUCUUCCAUUGGGAUGUUUAUGCACCCAGCUGUGGUUACUACCUGUUCUGUUUUUCUUUCUGCUGGCCGAUCGUGCCGAUGGUACUGUAGUUUCGAUUCGUUACAGAGGCCUUCCAAUCUGACUUGAUUUUUCAGUCCGUUCUACGCCUUUUCGGACGCAUAAUUCAGCUUCUUGUUUAUCUUGAUCUGAAUCCGGUGUCAACCGUAUUAUAGUGGCUGCGUGAAUGUCAUUCUGUGCCAUCAAUCAACCAUAACGUGUUCCCAGUCUUCAUCUUUUGGUCUACUUAAACCGCUGAUGCCCAGUUAGCGGCCCUGGUUUGCAACUGUAGGCUCGUACGGGCUUGUCCAUUGCAAUUUUAGCCGCAUGACGGCGUGUAAGCGAG